GGAAAUUUGAACUUUGUUGGUGUGAGGCCUCUGUAUUUGGUCCUUUGUUGACGAGAGCAAGCGCGGGACAGUUUAAAAAUCCCCUCGGAGUACGGUACUAGUAGGGAGAAUGUCAGAUAUUGAUGAUCUUUUUCAUCGCGUUAGUAAAAAGCUUGGAUGGUCAGUUGAUUUGGAAAAACCUAAGUCUACCGAAGAUGAACUUGUCGAUACCAAGGUACCAAAGAUAAAGUUUUCUGAGUUUUUGUCAGAUGGCAGUCCAGUGACGGAUAAAAGUUUUGAUGACGAAUUUGCGGACUUAUCUAAUAAAGAGAAUACCAAAGACUGUUCACCAAAAUAUACAUCAUACUUAACAGCUGUAGAACCACGGACACCCACAGUGAUAGAUAGAAAAUGUCUGCUAAAAUCACCAGAUUCUAACAUCAUCGUCGUCAGUAGCGAUGCUGAUGAUGAAGAUUCUAGUGAUGAUGAUGUAUUUAUGGUACCUCUGCGAGAGAGAAUGCAGACACAGACUUGCCCUCCCAAUGUUAAUAAAUCUGUGUUUUCCCUUGGUAAACAUCUGAAGAAUGGAAUUCUGAAUCCAGACACUGAGAGUAAAAAGAAAUCCAACAAAUCUCACAGCUACAGAAACCCCAAACCUUCAUAUAUAGAUGUCAGCAGUGAUGACGAUGAAGAUUUUGAACUGUUGCUAUCUCGACUGAAGACACCAAAGAAAACCAUCCAUUUCUCAGAUUCAUCUGCUGUGCCAUCAAAAGGCACCAAAAGAUUUACACCAAAACAGUCUGGUAAACCUGCAGGUACCAGUAAACCAGUGAAAACCAAUCAGACUACCAAUUCUGUACACAUAGAGCCAAUCAAAAAGGAAACAGCGGAUGGAAAUUUCUUAUCAUCUUUGGCGGAUUCUCAAAGUCAGAAGUCAAGUUCUAUUUACAUCAGGGAGUUUAGAAAGAAUCGAGAUGAGCUGACGCAGCGGCUGUUCUCUCUUUACAAUAGAACAGUUUUCAAAGAUAAGUUGCCUAGCGAUAUGAAAAUCACUUGGAAUCCAAAAAUGCGAAAGACGGCAGGAUUCUGUUACUAUGGCAGAAUACGAAAUGUGAAUGGUAUCGAAAAAACAUCUAGAGUAGAGUUAGCUGAUAAAGUAUGCGACUCUGCAGAGAGACUACGUGAUACGUUAAUACACGAAUUAUGUCAUGCGGCCGCAUGGUUAGUGAAUGGCGUCCAUGAUGGACACGGCAGAUACUGGAAAUAUUGGGCAAGUCUUGCAAAUUUGAUUCACCCCCAGUUACCAAUUAUUAGUCGAUGUCAUACAUAUGAAAUACACACCAAAUUUACAUAUCAAUGUGUCAAAUGUGGAUAUCAGAUUGGCAGGCAUUCCAAGUCUCUGAAAACUGAUAAAUUUUGCUGUGGUAUCUGUAAAGGACGCUUUGAGUUGCUACCUCAAUUGAAAAAAGAUGGUACCCCAGCCAAGACAAAAACACCAAACAAAUUUGCUAUUUUUGUGAAAGAUAACUAUUCAACUGUGAAGUCCAAGGACAAGACAAUGAAACAUGCGGACAUAAUGAAAGUUUUAAGUGCUGAGUUUGCCUCAAAAGCCAAAAUAUCAACUUCUUGAGUUAGAGUUUUAAUAAAUCAUUGUUUCUAAUUUCACUGAAAUAAUACACCAUUGGAGUACAUAAUCAUCACAAAUCAAGAAAGUUUAAAUAACUUAUAGAGAAAGUAUAACAAAUUUAAAUGGAGUGGUCGAUGCCUCGUGUUCGAUAUGGAACCCAUAACACACAGCUUUACAAUAACAGCUCUUUUUAAUUACACACUGUAUUGUAAAACAAAAUUGCAGCAAGAAAUUCCAAAAAAAACGGUGGCUUUUUCAAAAGAUGUACUGGAUUCUGUGGUCACAUUCCAGAUCUUGCCUGUUUCCAAACAUAACAUCAGUACUAUCAAUGUUAGUUCUACCAACCUGCUUCCAUCAAUACCCACUUUCAAGUGGUGGAUCCACAGAGAAAAAACUUAAACUUACAUCUGAUGCAAUUGUUUUUUAAUUACUAUGUAAAAAAUCUACUUCAAAUACAAGAACCUAAAAAUUAUUAAGUUACGGCAUAUGUGCCUUUAACUCACAUUAAGAAUUCAUGCAUAUUUAUUGCAAUGUAACGUCAAAUGAAUACUGUUCUGUAUACAACGAACAAAGUUGGUAUUUGUAUAUGUAUAUCCUGGAAUUCUAUAUGCUGUAUUUGCUCUAUUAAAAGACAUUAUUAAACAAAAAUGAUUGAAAUAUCACUUAUUUUAACAACAGAAACACGUCUGUAAUUUGUGCAAGUGUAUGUGCUACUAAUGGAGCAACUACGGUGUUAAUGUUUUAUAUCAGCAGGAGUAGCUCUCGCAAAUAUUGAGGACGGUACUUGUACAAUUAUGCAUAAUAAAUGAGAUGUAUUAAUAUUAUUGGAUAUUGUAUUUUUGUGUAACAGUUAUUUAUCCAAUAAAAAUCAUUAAAAUCUGUUGUGUGA